AUGCAACAGGUGCUGACGCAGGAUGGAAUCUGCCUAGCACUCGAGAUAUACUUUGCUAGGAGCUGCGGAAUAGGCCAGGUAUCGCUAGCCUUGAUAUUUCUGGUCCUGACUGGUGCAUUACCACUCGCUUCUUCGUAUUCAAUCACUGCAGACGAGUCCGACCCCAAAAAAGAAUAUGCUUUCCCGAUGCUCCUAAUCAGCUCCGGCUUUCAUGCAGUGGUAGCUGGCUACACAUACUCAUGGUAUUCUGGCACGGGACAGAUGGGCUUCGCAGCCGGGAUGCUGGCGUCAGGCUUUUUGGCUGCCAUGGGACUCUGGUGCAUGCUGUUUGCCGGGUCGAGCAGGAUCAGUAAGAGGACUGGUGCCGACAAAAGGACGUCUGGGUUCCCUUUCAAGAACGUAGAGGCGGAUAAGAGGAAGAAGAGAUGA